CUCUGACAGGACACAUCACCACACUACAUGGCUUGGGGGCGGGGUGGAGUUUAAAGAUUCCACCCACCUCUUGUUAUGAACUGGUUUUAAACUGAACCAAAUGGUUUGAGUUCAGAUGUGUACAGGUUAAUUAAAUAGAACAUCCAGCCUCUUUACCAUUUAGUCUCUUUACCAUUUAAUACACAGCAGUUAUGUCAGAGAACCAUGAAAUCAUUCCUCGCUCUGUCCUCAUUCCAAUCCAAGGAGUUCUUCUUGCGGACCACAUUGCCAAAAAUUAUGAUGCCGUCUCUGCUUUCUGUCCUGAUCCGUCGGACCUCCUCAUUGCCACCUACCCCAAAGCAGGGACCACAUGGACCCUGGAGAUAGUGGAUCUGCUUCUACACAACGGCAAUCUUGAGAUCUGCAAAAGAGCCCCAAUACCGAUCCGAACGCCUUUCCUUGAGAAUUUCGCUCGCGUCGGCAUCCCGUCAGGUCUUGACCUGCUGGCGACAAUGGACCCUCCAAGAGUCAUUAAGACACAUUUGCAGUUUCAUCUCAUUCCAAAGGGCUUUUGGGAAAACAAGUGCAAAGUCAUCUAUGUGGCUCGUAAUGCUAAGGACAACCUGGUGAGCUACUUCCACUUUAAUCACAUGAAUCUCACCCACCCUGAGCCUGGACCCUGGGAAGGCUACAUUCAAAAGUUCAUGCGUGGACAGGUGCCAUGGGGCUCCUGGUAUGAUCAUGUCAAAGGCUACUGGAAGGAGCGAGAAAACAAGAACAUCCUUUUCCUCUUCUAUGAAGACAUGAACGAGAAUCCUCGACGUGAAAUAGAGCGCAUCAUGAAGUACCUGGACUUGUCGCUUUCUGACGAUGUCAUCAGUCGUAUUGUGGAGCUGACGUCCUUCAAGAACAUGAGGACGAACCCGAUGGUCAACUACAGUUUCAUUCCAGAGCCAGUUUUUGACCAUUCCCGCUAUACCUUUAUGAGAAAAGGAAUAGUUGGUGAUUGGAAAAAUCACUUUACACCUGAGCAGGCAGGAGCGUUUGAUGAGGACUAUGAGAAGCAAAUGAAGGAAGUGAACAUACCAUUCCGAACACAGCUCUAAUUUGGCCUGUUAAAGCAAGCAAUGACCUAGCUUGGAUGUCCUGUAAAUGGGUUAUUCCAACGCAAGUGAUUAAAUCAAUAAAGUAUACUCACUAAUACAAAUUUGUCAUCAUCAUUUUAUUUCAUUUCAUCUCGUAAACAAUAUAUAAGACCAAAAGUGUUGAGACUGCGUGGACAUGCCCAACGUCUGCCAAGAGACCACUGACUGGCACUGCCUAUAAAUAUAUGGAGGAGUCCUGGCAGCUGGAUGGAUGUUGCCUUCUUUUUUUCUGCCCUUUCAGUUACGUCCUUAAUGCAAGCCUACACUAAGAUAAAGCAGGAAGGCUGCACAAGACAGUAAUGACUACAAUUAAAAGUAAUUAACUGGAAAGUCAAUCAUAGGAAAAUAGACAGAGGACACAAAAACACAACAGCUGAGAAUAUCCAAGUUUAACAAAAAAAAAAAAAAAACAUCACUUUUAAUACAUAUUUUAUUUUCUUAGAAUAAAAUCUUAAAUAAUUUGCAGGGAUGUUCCCACAUUUCUUUUUAAAAAUGUUAGUCUCCUUCCUUAUAUAGAUAGCAAUUUUUUUUUAAAUAGAUUUUUUUAACACAUUUUGUCGUUUUUUGCACAUUUCCCUGUGUUUUAUCUUCUCUCCUCUGUUGGUUGGUUCAAUAGGUUGUGUUGCUCCUCUCUCUCUCUCUUUCUUUCUCUCUCUCUCUCUUCUUCGCCUAUUUCUAGCCAACCCUUUUAAGAUCUCCUUCUUCUACAUCUCUAUUUA